CUUCCCUUGCUCCAAAUGCUUCGGGGAUGCCUUUUAUCGACAAGGUGCAGUAGCACAAGGCAAUGGGUCCGCCACAAUUCCUCCUUCCCCGUUAAUCGAUUCGCCGAGCUAGCCCGUCGUCCGACUUCCCGGCACCAGAUCUACCAGUCAUUAUCGACCGACCCUUACGUCAAUUUAUCGAUUGAGCAUUUCCUCCUGGAAAAGGCGCCAGAUGACUCGAGCAUCCUCUUCCUCUAUAUCAACAAGCCGUGCGUGGUAAUUGGCCGCAACCAGAACCCAUGGCUCGAGACCGGUCUCCACGCGUUAUACAACGAUCGCCGAGCGACUUCCCCCGAAAACGAUGCUGCGGUCUUUGUUCGAAGGCGAUCUGGCGGAGGCGCCGUCUUCCACGAUGAGGGAAAUCUCAACUACAGCGUCAUCUCUCCUCGGACAUCUUUUACGCGUGACAAGCAUGCCGAGAUGGUGGUCCGCGCGCUGCACCGUGUCGGGGCUGUCAACACGAGCGUCAAUGAUCGACAUGAUAUUGUUAUCACACCCCCGGACGACCUGGCGCAGCGUGCCAGUGAUGAACCGCCAUUUAGGAAGGUCUCCGGGUCUGCGUUCAAGCUGACCCGGCAUCGAGCACUCCACCACGGUACCUGCUUGCUAGAUUCGCCGAACAUUCAUGAUCUGGGCAAGUUCUUGCGGUCACCAGCGCGUGGGUAUAUUAAGGCCAAGGGGGUGGAUAGCGUUCGGUCGCCUGUGGGAAAUGUCUCGAGUGUGCUGGCAGACUCGUUCUUCUCCAUGCAAGCCGUAAUGGACAACAUCGUGGAGGAGUUUGCAAGGCUGUACAAUGUUCAGCCGGAUGCCGUCCGUCGAGCGCGCCGAGCCCUUGCAAUGGAGCCGGAAAUAUUCGCCGGUGACGAUUGGGUUUCAGGAACGGUGGGAGACGUACACGGUGAUCAGGAACCAGAUAUUGGAAAGGGGAUUGCAGAGUUAAGAUCUCUUGAAUGGAAAUAUACACAAACGCCAGGAUUCACCUUUUCGACGCACCCCAUUGAGGAAGAUCCCCGUGAACGUCCACCAUUGCCUUCAUCGCUACCGCUUUCUACUCGUGUUUUCAUUCGCGUGAAAUACGGCGCAAUCAUUGAAAGCAACAUUUCUGUCUCUUCAGAUGCUUCCGUUGCUUCUGAUCAAGCUACAGGUGUGCAUACCAUUCUAAAUGGACAACGCUUGCAUGAGCUGUCUGUCGAGCGCUGGGCGGAAAUAUUACGUCAGGGUCUUGGACCGAUUGAUGGGGAGAACGAUGUCUCGCAAGAGCUGGCAAGUUACCUUGGAGGCUUGCUAGGAGGGCGCUGA